AUGGCCUCUUGCCGCAGUGGCCGGCUCCCGAUGCCAGAUGAUCCGCUGUUCAACUCGACGAACAUGCACGGUCUGCGCCACAGCAGCCGUCUUGCGGGUCUUGGCAUGCUUGCCGUGAUUUGGAUUAUGUACGAAAAGCUGCGUCACUCACACCACUACAUCACUUACAAGGGCCCCGAGAACCCGUUCGCGCGCAUUCGUCAUCGCCGUUUCCCUGGUGGCGCGUUCAUGUUCGGCUGGGGUAACAACGGUCUGAAUCGGGAUUGUGGUAUCAAGGAAUUUGAGUGCUGGGCCGGUUACACAGGUAAGGAGUACACGUACUAA